GGCCGCCGGAGCAGCUCCCUCGGCGGAGCCGGAGCCGGAUGGUCAGAGGAGCCCGGCAGUCCCAGCAGCCGCGGAGUCGCCUGGCACCCAGACUGACGGGCACAGUGGAGAAACCACCCCGAAAACGGAAAAGCAGAUUAUUUAGGUCUCUCUGGUGGUUUUAUAGAAUAUGUGCUGCACUGUGGGAACUGAACUCAAGCCCUUUGGAAAAUCAGCCAGUGCUCUUAAUUGCUGAACCAUCUUUCCAGCCCCUCUGGUGAUUUUAAAAAGAUGUAUGCAAAGUCAUUUUUAUGUCCUUCUGAACUCUCCUCCCGUGAAGUGUAAGCUGGAUUUGGUAGCAUGCUUCUAAUGACUAGAGAAGACAGCUGACAUGGAUUUUGUUGGUUUCUUAAUUCCCUAUGUAGCUGAGGAUGACCUCCUACCUUCUCAGAUGCUGGGAUUACUGGUGUGAGCCAUUAUGCCCAGCUUUAGGUUUCAAAUUCAUUUCAGUGCCAUCUUGACUGUCUGGAAAGAAAUAAGACAGUGAUGGUAAUGAACUUCAUGGGUCAGCCUGACAGGAUCACAGGUCCCCAGAUGUGUGAUCCCAGAGCAUCCUAUAAGUAUAUCUGAGAACCCUGCAAGAACCUCAGUCCAGCCAUCUGUAGUCCUGCUUUCUGUUUCACUCCAGGUUUUCCCAAGUGCUCCAGCCCUGUCAGAGCUUCCAUAGUGCUAGAUAUGACGGUUCCUUCUGCUGCAGUCAGCUUUGAAAUGGCCAUCUUCGACACAAACUAAGCAAAAGGAAAGGACUGAAUUUACUCUUAAAGAAACCAUGUCAUCUGGAGGUGCUGAAGAUGACAUCCCACAAGGAGAGAGGAAGACAGUUACAGAUUUCUGUUACCUUUUGGAUAAAUCCAAGCAGCUGUUCAAUGGGUUAAGAGAUUUGCCGCAAUAUGGACAGAAGCAGUGGCAGUCAUACUUUGGAAGAACUUUUGAUGUUUACACCAAACUAUGGAAAUUCCAGCAGCAACAUCGACAAGUCUUGGAUAAUCGAUAUGGCUUUUUGUGGUGGCAAAUAGGGGAAAUCGCUUCCAAGAUUGGGCAGCUGUAUUACCACUAUUAUUUACGAACAUCUGAGACCAGCUAUCUGAAUGAGGCUUUCUCCUUCUACUCUGCCAUCAGACAGAGAUCAUACUACUCUCAAGUUAAUAAAGAGGACAGGCCUGAGUUGGUUGUUAAAAAACUCCGAUACUAUGCAAGAUUUAUAGUAGUUUGCCUUCUUCUUAACAAAAUGGAUGUUGUGAAAGACCUGGUAAAGGAAUUGUCAGAUGAAAUUGAAGAUUAUACUCAUCGCUUUAAUACUGAAGAUCAAGUAGAGUGGAACCUAGUGCUUCAAGAGGUGGCAGCAUUUAUUGAGGCAGAUCCUGUGAUGGUGUUAAAUGAUGAUAACACCAUUGUUAUCACAUCCAAUCGCCUCACUGAAACAGGAGCCCCCUUGCUGGAGCAAGGCAUGAUUGUGGGACAGUUGUCUCUGGCUGAUGCACUCAUUAUUGGUAAUUGUAAUAAUCAGGUUAAAUUCAGUGAACUGACUGUUGACAUGUUCCGGAUGUUGCAAGCCUUGGAGAGGGAGCCAAUGAAUUUAGCUUCCCAGAUGAAUAAGCCAGGAAUACAGGAGUCAGCUGACAAGCCCACCAGACGAGAAAACCCCCACAAGUAUCUGCUCUACAAACCGACUUUCAGCCAGCUGUAUACUUUCUUAGCAGCAUCUUUUAAGGAGCUGCCUGCCAAUAGUGUGCUUCUGAUUUACCUGUCAGCCACUGGCGUUUUCCCCACAGGUCGUUCUGAUGGUGAAGGUCCUUACGACUUUGGAGGUGUUCUUACUAAUAGUAACCGAGACAUUAUAAAUGGAGAUGCAAUCCACAAACGAAAUCAAUCCCACAAGGAAAUGCACUGCCUUCAUCCUGGAGAUCUCUAUCCAUUCACACGGAAACCCCUGUUUAUCAUUGUGGACUCCUCCAACAGUGUUGCCUAUAAGAAUUUCACAAACUUGUUUGGACAGCCACUCGUCUGCUUGCUUUCUCCCACCACAUAUCCAAAAGCUUUGCAAGAUCAGUCUCAGCGAGGUAGCCUCUUCACCCUCUUUUUGAACAAUCCUCUAAUGGCCUUCCUAUUUGUGUCUGGAUUGUCAAGCAUGCGUAGAGGCCUGUGGGAAAAGUGUCAAGAAUAUCUUCGAAAAAUCAACCGUGACAUUGCCCAGCUACUGACCCAUUCACGUUCAAUAGAUCAGGCCUUUCUCCAGUUUUUUGGGGAUGAAUUUCUUCGAUUGCUUCUCACAAGGUUUGUCUUCUGUUCAGCCACCAUGAGGAUGCACAAGGCCUUCCGGGAAACACGAAAUUACCCAGAAUCCUAUCCACAACUGCCAAGGGAUGAAACUGUGGAGAAUCCUCACCUUCAGAAGCAUAUUUUAGAAUUGGCCUCCAUUCUGGAUGUUCGAAACAUCUUCUUCGAGAAUUCUAUGGACGACUAUUAAAAUCCUCUUGUUUAACAGUUUUCAUCUUCCACAGAUUUUAAAUGGUGCAGUUUUUAUGUGGUGACAGAGACAGUUACUAGGUUUUUGUGAAUUUAGGAACCACCAUUUUAAAAGCAAACUGGAAAAACAUUCAAACUUUUAGGGUAACUUUUAAAAUGUAAUCUUUCAAGUCUUUUAAAGUCUCAAUCUUGAAAUUUUUAUUUUUUGUUUUGACAUGUGAUACUUACCUCCAACAUCUACUCCUACAUUCAAAUAGGUACUAUUGCCUCCCUAAGAAGAAUAAAUUAUUUUUACAUAAUGAGGACAAUCCAGAAGUUAUACUUGGACCUUUAAAUGUCUGGGAAAUAACUGUUCAUAGUGGUGAAAUUGGCCACAUGGACUACUGAAAAUCAAGAGCAGAACCCUUCUGUAGAGCUCCUUUACACUCCACACUUAUAGGUAGGAAACUAAUGUACAAAGGGAUUUCUUAAAAAUCACUGAAUUUCAUUCAAUGUUGUCAAAUCUUUAGGAUCUGUUUAGGAUUGAUUUACAUUUGGAAAUUAAAUCUUCAGUUGGAACUUUGAGGUGACAGAGCUUAUUUAGAAUGUGAAUACUACUAUCAUGAGAUUUGUUUGUAUAUUUUAUUUUCUUUGUGGUUUUGAAUGCUGGAAAUACAAAGGAAAAUACUUUUAAAGAUUUCAGCCAAAAUUCAAGUCAUUGGCUUUAUAAAUCCUGCACUGUCUCCAGUAGAUUUCUAUAUAGUCUAUACAUUGACGAUAUUGAACUUUUUAAAUGGUGUCUUGAUGGAUUCAUUGAUAUACUCACUGCACAGUUUCUAAUUCUUUUUCAUAUUCCAGUUUCCAAGGCUUCGAUGCCAGAGAUACUGUCAAUGUGAGGUGAGGAUAACUGGGUAUUGGGAAAGUAAAUCAUGAGUUGAUUUUGAUUUGACAAUUUGGAAGUAAGAUAUUAAAACUCCCUGUUUUUUUAUUUUAUAUUCAUGCACAAGUUUUUAUUAUUAAUAUUUUAAAUAGGACUCAGUAUGUAACAAAGGUUUUUGUGUGUUCUUCCCUCUAUCUCCUUCAUAAUCUCAAAGGCACUAGCUGUGAGGGUUUCUCCCAUCCUAGUUCCCUUGAGUUGCAUGGCAUUUAAGGUCAGAAAUGCAUGAACCACGAGGCCUUCUGCCUAUUUUCUGUAUAGGUUCAUGGUCUAACCCUAGUUCCUGGAGAAAUGAGGUGGCUGUUUUCAGUACCUCUUUCCUGUGUCCCUAAGGAAAUUUUGAUGUGGUGUUUUAACCUGGUUACCUUCUCUCACCUAGAGCAUCACUUAAGUGUAAAUUGUAGCUGUAUCUGAUCCAGCGCACUGACUUCAUGAAGUCCAUAUUAUGCUUGGGUCAAAGAUUUAAGAUGUUUAAUUUGCUGUUAAAAUUGUUUGUUUUUUUAUUCAGUAUUUUUAAAAGCUUAGAAAAAAAGUUACCCUGGAGGACCCUUUCCAGGUGGUGGUUUUUCUUUUUAAAAACCUACUUCCCACCAGGUGGUGAUGGCACAUGUCAUUAACCCCAGCACUUGAGAGGCAGAGGCAGACAGAUCUCUGUGAGUUCAAGGCCAGCCUGGUCUACAGAGCAAGUUCCAAGACAUCCAGGGCUACAAUACAGAAAAACCCUGUCUCAAAAAAAAAAAAAAAAAAAAAUCUUACUUCCCUUUGUUUGCAGAACCAUAAUGUAUGGUGGUUUUCCUUUCCUAACUCUUCUCCUGGACUGUGGCAAUACAUGAGCAUUAGCUAUCUGACCUCUGGUCCAGUUCCCUUAAGUGCUGUGCCUGCAGCACACAUUUUACUGUUCCCUGUCAUUUAAAGUGGCCUGUCCUAUGUUUAAUCCUUUUCUGCUAAGCAUAAGGACUACUUGUUUCAAAACCAGAAAGUCUGAGUGUUCUGAUCCUGGCUUUCCUAGUAAUUAGCAUGAUGCCCUCUGGCAAGUAACUUUGUGUGUCUUCUUCUUAGCACUUUUCUAUAUAAAAUAGUGACUCACCCAAGAUCCUAUUCCUGUCUGUGAUUCAAACAGUUGGGAACCUUGAUUCCAAAAAUGUUGAUUUCUCCCCUGUUGCUUCCAGAAAAGUUGUGUGUUUUUAGCACUAUAACAUCCUUUCCAUAUCAUGUUUAAUAAGAUUUUUUAAAAAGUCCUAGGUCAGGGCUGGAGAGAUGGCUCAGAGGUUAAGAGCACUGACUGCUCUUCCAGAGACCCUGAGUUCAAUUCCCAGCAACCACAUGGUGGCUCACAACCAUCUAUAAUCAGAUCUGGUGUGCUCUUCUGGCCUACAUAAUAAAUAAAUAAAAAAAAAAAAAAAAAAAGUCCUAGGUCCUACUUAGAUGUUUUGAGACUUACGUAGAGAGACUAUCCUUCCAUGAUCAGAAAUAUGUGUGUCUUAGAGAUCACAGUGUUAAUCUAGAUUAUAACAGGAUCCCUUAAACUACUAGUAAUGCAAUUCCUAUAUGAUAAUAAAAGAUCUAAAGUGGAACAAAACUGAGGCUGUAGCUCAAUGGUAGAGCAUUUAGCUAAUAAUCAGAAAUCCUGUGUUUGGUCUCCAUCAUUAGGGUAAAAAAAAAAAUUCAAAAAGAAA